UGUUUGAGUCUGUGCGCGUCGUUCGCUGGGUGAGUGCCGGGGUCAAAGAUAGCUGCUGUCCGAUCCCGCUGGGAUUGUAUAAUCACCUCCUGUAAUUUUUAGUAUUUUUUAUUAUUUGUUUCCGUGUGAUGUGGAACGCGAGCGAGAAAGAGGAGGAGCAGAAGAAGAAGAAGAAGGGAUUCCCCAAAACCGUUUGCGCUCAGUCCCGAACACGCAAUGGCUCGCAGUGAUUGACGGCUGCAAUUAUGGAGAUGAAAAAGCGUCUUUCCUCGUGCUGGGGGAGCUUUUUGGCGUACUUUAAGAAGCCCGAGCCAGCCUCCAGCCGGACCCCCAGAGCCGAACUGGUGAUCGUGAAUCCCCUCGCUCACGGGAACUCACCGGAGCCGGGCUUCUGUCGAGAUUUAAAGCCCCCGGUGAAGAAAGCCGGUGACUAUUAUGUGGCCCAGUACGACUACUCCGCGCGCACGCAGGAGGACCUGAGCUUCAACGCGGGGGAUACUCUGGAGGCGCUCGAUAAAAGUCACGGCGACUGGUGGUUCGCGAAAGCCCUCACCGGGGUGUCGGCGUCCAGGCAGGGAUACAUCCCGGCCAAUUACGUGGCGCCCGUGGAGAGCAUUGACGCGGAACCAUGGUAUUUUCCCGACGCCACAAAGAGGCAGGAUGCGGAGAAGAUGCUGUUGGCCAGCGGGAACGAGCACGGUGCCUUCCUCAUCCGGAACUGUGAAAGUCAGACAGGGGAGCGGUCCCUCUCGGUGCUGGACGGCGGGAAGGUGAAGCAUUACAAGCUGAGGAAACUGGACAAUGGUCACUACUACGUGACGAAGAGAAUCUCCUUCGAAAGGCUGCAGGAGUUGGUGGCACAUUACUCCCAGGCGGCCGACGGCCUCUGCGUGCGUCUCGGCGAACCGUGCAAGAAGAUGGAGGCGCCGCAGACUCACGGCCUGUCCUACAACACGGUGGACCAAUGGGAGAUCGACCGCAAAUCCAUCCGGCUGCUGCGGAAGCUCGGAGCCGGUCAGUUCGGGGAGGUGUUCGAGGGCCUGUGGAACGAAACCACCGCAGUCGCAGUGAAGACCCUCAAACCCGGCAUGAUGGACCCGGAGGACUUCCUCCGAGAGGCGCAGCUCAUGAAGCGGCUGCGGCAUGCCAAGCUGAUCCAGCUGUACGCCGUGUGCACCCUGGAGGAGCCCAUCUACAUCAUCACGGAGCUGAUGAACAACGGCAGCCUGCUGGAGUUCCUCAACAUGGACAAGGGCGCCACUCUGGGCAUCGACAACCAGAUUGAGAUGGCUGCCCAGGUGGCGUCGGGCAUGGCUUUCCUGGAGUUGCAGAACUACAUCCACAGAGACCUGGCGGCCAGGAACGUCCUGGUGGGCGAGAACAACAUCUGCAAAGUGGCCGACUUCGGCCUGGCCAGGGUCUUCAUGAAAGAGAAUGAAAAUGUGUAUGAAGCCAGAGAAGGAACUAAAUUCCCUGUGAAGUGGACGGCGCCAGAGGCCAUCCACGACAACAAGUUCAGCAUCAAAUCAGACGUCUGGUCCUUCGGGAUCCUGCUGUAUGAGAUCAUGACGUUUGGACAGACGCCUUAUCCAUCCAUGACGAACUUCCAGGUGGUCCAGAAGCUCGCCACGGGCUACCGGAUGCCGUGCCCCCCCAACUGCCCCAAGGUCAUGUAUGACAUAAUGACGGACUGCUGGAAGGAGGAAGAACAGGACCGGCCCACGUUCGAGACCCUGCACUGGAAGCUGGAGGACUUCUACGACAUCGACAUGACCUCCUACGACGACGCCAACCGUUACUAGCACACUGGCUCCACAAAAAGCGACGACGAGAACGUUCUUUCUGCACACGUCUGGGUUUUAAUGACGUAACGGAUUGAUCGUUUAAUUUUUUUUUUUUUUACAAUUCCACUCCCUUUCGCAGUGAAAUGAAGGAUCCAACAUGUGUGAUCUGUGCGCGAUCGUAAUGGUUUGUCUGCAUCUGGCAUGCAGUCAGCAUCACUCUUCGGUUUGGCUUUGUUCGACAGCUGAAUGCACUUUCAGAAGCACAAAGACGAGACGGACCGGUUCUUCUUGCACGGCGCACAUUCUUUCCACUGACCUCCUGCCGAGCUCUUACUGGUCGCUACCCGAGAGGAGUCGUGAGUCACUUUUGGCCUGGGCUAAUCGUUGACGUAGGUUCCAGAAGCGAUUUCUAAAGUAGAAGUCUGGCUCCAGAGCCAGAGAGCUGCCCAUUUAAUGAAGGAACAAUAAGAGUGCUUGCAAACAAACUAUUUACAUCCACGCCCUCCAUUUAAAAAAUAAAUAAAUAAAUACAAUUAAAAUGUUUUAUUUCAGAUAUGUUGUGCCACUGUAAAAACUACAACAGGUCUAAAAACAAGCGGCUUCACAGGGAAAAACAAUUAAUAGGCACAACAUUUGUUAUUUUAAAUGCACAAAUGAUUAACCUAACAUUGGAACAAUCUCAUUUAAACGACACAUAUUUAUUUGUGGCCACUUGCAGGGUUCCGAGAAAAAACAAAUGAAUUGAACUCACUUAAAAAUGGUUCUAAAAAUAAGUGUGUACCAACCAUUACAUUUUCACUUUUAGCUAAUAUUUAAAGCUGCUUAAAUAUAUAUUUUUUCACGAGCAAUUAUUUACACAUCCAACAGACACAGAGCAACGGUAUCAUGUAUUUCUUUUAUCUCUGGCUUCCAACUCUUGUAGCUUUGUUUCUGAUAAUGAUAAUGAUUCACCAGCUGGUUGCUAAUCUGAGUGCUUUGUGGGUUGUUCAGCCCGUUAAAAAACUUUUAUUGUUAACUUCAACAACUUUUUAACAUUUAAAGUUUGUUAAAUGCUUGAAUUGGUGUGAAAAAUGUAGCACAUUAUAAUUUUGUGUGCACACAGACAUUUGUUAUGCCUAUUUAUACCUCCCAAGUCUUUCUUUUUUCUUCUUUGUUUUAAGGCCCUAAAACCAUUUAGUCUGCCCCUGGUAUAUUUUAAUGCAUGUUUUGUUAGUUGCAUUAUAAUAGCUUAAUGACUGAACAAUGAUUUCUGUUAAAAGCUGUAGCGCUGCUCUCAGAUCUGUGGCCUCGUUCGCUCUCACCAUCAAUUGUAGAAAAGUCGGCACUUCAAAUCAAAUGGAUGACAGGUACUUAAGUGUUUGACCCUGGUGGAUUAUCUCGUGCUCUAAUUAUUGUAUAUAAUGUAUUUUAUCGUCAUGAACAAAAUCUUGUUAACUGUACAUUUGAACCAUGACAGUGUUUAUAUAAUCCCUUGUAUUUUAUUAUAAUUAUCCUUUCUACAUGGCAUAAUUAAAUGAUUUAUAUUUACUAAAAGC